AUGGUCACUAAACGGAAUACUCGCUCCUUCGUGGCCGAGGAGCUUACUGCUGACGAGCGCGAUAUCCAGCUCUGCCAGACACAGAGUGCGGCUCUUCGUAAGGGCAGCACUCCCAACCUACUGGAGAGCUUCCCAGAAAAGGACGUCAGCAACAGCAUCAUCCACGGCACCAGUAACGGAACAUGCACAAGCAGCAGCAGUCCUGCUUUAGACGACCUGCCAAUCGCCGUGAACCUGCCUACGAUGGAACGCACUACGUCCUUGUCUAGCAGCAAGAGCAGCAGCGGUGCCAGCUAUUCAUCGUCGGCGUACUCCUCUGCCUCGUCCAACGCAUCCGAAGCUUUUCUGAGCGCUGCGGACUCAGGUCUGCUUGCGGAAGAAAUUACGUCUCCCCAUCAGAGCGCGAACAUUGCUGUUGGGGCACCGCUCAACUUUGGCCAGGUUGUCUCAGGCCUAUACCGGAGCAGCUAUCCCCAGCCGGAGAAUUACGCUUAUCUGAAGAGCCUGGGCCUGAAGACGAUUGUCACACUGGUGGACAAGAAUUUCACGGAAGGCUAUCAGAAGUUUAUGAGUGCCAACAACAUACAGCACCAUGUGUUUGGCAUGAAGGGCACAAAGAAGGAGGAGAUCCCUCUUUCGACCAUGGAGGCGAUUCUCCGCCUGGUGCUGAACCGUCAGAACUACCCGCUUCUGAUUCACUGCAAUCACGGAAAGCAUCGGACAGGAUGCGUUGUGGCUGUGGUGCGCAAGAUUUGCGGCUGGAACAACGAGCGGAUCGUGCACGAGUACCGGACAUACGCAGGCAUCAAAGAGCGUGACUGUGAUGUCAAGUACAUGCGUGCCUUUGAGUUGUCGCACAUUGCGUCGCUGGUCGCAGACGAGACACUGCAUGUGGACGAAGGCCCAGCCCAGUCAGCUGCUGUUGGCUUCCGCGUGCCACACUUUCUUCGUGCCGCUUUUGUUUCCAUGACGGUGCUGUUCAUCUGGAUGAUCUCCGGGUCGAAGAUGCAGCAGCACCACAGACGGCAUUGA